CGGCAGCGGCGGCGGGGCCCCCCCGGGGGCUGGCCCUGCCUGCUGGCCGCCCUGGGGGCUCUGCUGGCGGCGGGCCGGGCGGCCGCCCCCCGCGCCCGCUUCUCGCCCUUCUUCUUCCUCUGCACCCACCACGGCGAGCUGGAGGGCGACGGCGAGCAGGGCGAGGUGCUCAUCGCCCUCCACAUCGCCGGCAGCCCCGCCGCCUACGUGCCGGGACACGAGUACCACGUGACUAUAUCAACAAGCACUUUCUUUGAUGGUUUACUGGUGACUGGACUCUACACCUCUACCAGUGUUCAGGCUUCCCAGAGUGUUGGCGGUUCCAGUGCUUUUGGUUUUGGAAUUAUGUCUGACCACCAGUUUGGAAAUCAGUUCAUGUGCAGUGUGGUUGCGUCACACGUGAGCCAUCUCCCGACUACCAACCUCAGUUUUGUCUGGAUCGCUCCACCUGCGGGGACGGGCUGUGUGAACUUCAUGGCUACAGCUACUCAUAGGGGCCAAGUUAUAUUCAAGGAUGCCUUAGCACAACAAUUGUGUGAACAGGGAGCUCCGACAGAGGCUCCGUUACAUCCUCACCUGGCUGAAAUGCACAGUGACAGCGUUAUUUUACGAGAUGACUUUGACUCUUAUCACCAGCAAGAGUUGAAUCCUAAUAUGUGGUCUGAAUGUAGCAACUGUGAGGUUGGGGAGCAGUGCGGUGUGAUUAUGCACGGCAGUGCCGUCACUUUCUGUGAGCCAUAUGGUCCAAGGGAAUUGACCACCACUGGCCUUAACACAACUACUGCAUCUGUCCUUCAGUUUUCCCUUGGAUCAGGUUCAUGUCGCUUUAGUUACUCAGAUCCCAGCAUCACAGUGUCCUACAGUAAGAACAGUUCUGCUGACUGGACCCAGCUGGAGAAGAUCAGCGCUCCUUCCAAUGUCAGCACAAUCAUCCAUAUCUUGUACCUUCCUGAAGAUGCUAAAGGAGAGAACGUCCAUUUUCAAUGGAAACAGGACUAUGUUCUUGCUGGUGACGUCUACGAAGCCUGUUGGGCAUUGGACAACAUCCUGAUCAUAAAUGCUGCUCAUAGAAAGGUUGUGUUAGAAGAUAAUCUUGAUCCUGUGGAUACUGGCAACUGGCUUUUCUUUCCUGGGGCCACAGUUAAGCAUAGCUGCCAAUCGGAUGGAAACUCCAUCUACUUCCACGGCACCGCUGGCAGCGAAUUCAGUUUUGCCACGACGCGAGACGUGGACCUUUCCACGGAGGACGCCCAGGAGCAGUGGGCAGAAGAGUUUGAGAGCCAGCCUAAAGGGUGGGAUGUAUUUGGAGCCAUCAUCAGUACUGAGUGUGGGACACUGGAAUCUGGCUCAGCUAUGGUGUUUCUCAGAGACGGAGAAAGAAAAAUAUGCACUCCAUAUAUGGACACUACAAGUUAUGGGAACUUAAGAUUUUAUUUCAGUAUGGGAGGAACUUGUGAUUCUGGAGAUUCCCAUGAAAAUGAUGUCAUACUUUACGCCAAGAUUGAAGGCAGGAAGGAACACAUAGCUCUCGAUACCCUGACCUAUGCUGCUUACAAGGUUCCAUCUUUGGUUUCUGUUGUCAUUAGUCCGGACCUGCAGACUCCUGCAACCAAGUUUUGUUUGAAACAAAAAAGUCAUCAAGGCUAUAACAGGAAUGUCUGGGCUGUGGAUUACUUCCAUGUCCUUCCAGUGCUCCCUUCCACUGUGACUCACAUGAUCCAGUUUUCCAUCAAUCUGGGUUGUGGAACUUAUCAGCCUGGUAACAGUGUCAGCUUGGAAUUUUCAACAAAUCAUGGUCGUUCUUGGUCCUUGCUUCAUAGCGAGUGUUUGCCUGAGCUAUGUGCUGGACCUCAUCUUCCUCACAGCACAGUCUACGCCUCGGAAAAUUACAGCGGGUGGAGCCGAAUAACUGUUCCCCUUCCCAAUGCAGCAUUAACAAGUGACACCAGGAUUCGAUGGAGUCAGACAGGACCAAUCCUUGGAAAUAUGUGGGCAAUCGAUAAUAUUUAUAUUGGUCCAUCUUGCCUCAAAUUCUGCUCAGGGAGAGGACAGUGCACCAGAAAUGGCUGCAAGUGUGAUCCUGGUUUCUCAGGGCCUGCCUGCGAGACGGCUUCGCAGACCUUCCCCAUGUUCAUCUCGGAGAGCUUCGCCAGCUCCCGGCUCUCCUCCUACCACAAUUUCUACUCCAUCCGCGGUGCUGAGGUCAGCUUUGGCUGCGGGGUCCUAGCAAGCGGCAAGGCCUUGGUUUUUAACAAAGAUGGGAGGCGCCAGCUCAUCACAUCUUUUCUGGACAGCUCCCAGUCCAGGUUCCUCCAGUUCACACUGCGCCUGGGAAGCAAGUCGGUACUGAGCACCUGCAAAGCACCCGAUCAGCCGGGCGAGGGAGUGUUACUGCACUACUCCUACGACAACGGCAUUACCUGGAAACUGCUGGAGCACUAUUCUUACCUGAACUACCACGAGCCCAGAAUAAUUUCUGUGGAGCUGCCUGAAGAUGCAAGACAAUUUGGCAUUCAGUUCAGAUGGUGGCAACCAUAUCACUCUUCUCAGGGUGAAGACGUAUGGGCUAUUGAUGAAAUCAUCAUGACCUCUGUGCUUUUCAAUAGCAUUAGCCUGGACUUCACCAACUUAGUUGAAGUUACGCAGUCACUGGGAUUCUACCUGGGAAACGUUCAGCCUUACUGUGGUCAUGACUGGACGCUUUGUUUUACAGGUGAUUCUAAAUUAGCUUCUAGCAUGCGUUAUGUGGAAACCCAGUCUAUGCAAAUUGGAGCUUCGUAUAUGAUACAGUUCAACUUGGUGAUGGGCUGCGGCCAGAAAUUUACCCCUCAUAUGGACAACCAGGUGAAACUGGAGUACUCCACCAACCACGGCCUUACCUGGCAUCUUGUUCAGGAGGAAUGUCUUCCAAGUAUGCCAAGCUGUCAGGAGUUCACAUCAGCAAGUAUUUAUCACUCCAGCGAAUUUACUCAGUGGAGGAGAAUCACGGUCCUUUUACCACAGAAGACUUGGUCCAGUGCCACCCGUUUCCGCUGGAGCCAGUGCUACUACACGGUGCAGGAUGAGUGGGCUUUGGAUAACAUCUACAUUGGACAGCAGUGCCCCAACAUGUGUAACGGACACGGCUGGUGCGACCAUGGCAUUUGCAGGUGCGACGCAGGGUUUCGGGGUACUGAAUGCCAACCUGAAAAUCCCCUCCCCUCCACGGUCAUGUCCGAUUUUGAGACUCCCGGCAGUCUGAAGACGGAAUGGCAGGAGGUUAUUGGGGGAGAGAUCGUAAAGGCGGAGGAGGGCUGCGGGGUCAUCUCCUCGGGCUCCUCGCUCUACUUCAGCAAGGCUGGAAAAAGACAGCUGGUAAGCUGGGAUUUGGACACUACCUGGGUGGAUUUUGUCCAGUUUUACAUCCAGAUCGGAGGGGACAGUUCCUCCUGCAACGCACCGGACAGCAGGGAGGAAGGCGUGCUGCUGCAGUACAGCAACAACGGCGGUAUCAACUGGCAGCUCCUAGCAGAAAUGUACUUCUCAGAUUUCAGCAAACCCAGGUUUGUCUAUCUGGAGCUGCCGGCUGCGGCCAAGACUCCUUGCACGAGGUUUCGCUGGUGGCAGCCGCUGUUUUCGGGAGAGGGCUAUGAUCAGUGGGCCAUCGACGACAUCAUCAUUUUGUCAGAGAAGCAGAAGCACGUCAUCCCCGUUGUUAAUCCAACUUUACCACAGAACUUUUAUGAGAAGCCAGCAUUUGAUUACCCUAUGAACCAGCUGAGCGUGUGGCUGAUGUUGGCCAAUGAAGGGAUGACCAAAAACGAAAGUUUCUGCUCUGCCACCCCCUCAGCCAUGCUCUUUGGUAAAUCAGACGGAGACCGGUUUGCAGUGACUCGAGAUCUAACUCUGAAACCCGGCUAUGUCCUGCAGUUUAAGCUGAACAUCGGCUGCACCAGCCAGUUCAGCGGCUCGGCCCCGGUGCUGCUGCAGUACUCGCACGACGCCGGCCUCUUCUGGUCGCUGGUCCGGGAGGGAUGCUACCCGGCGUCGCCGGGGAGCCGGGCGUGCGAGGGCAGCGCCCGGCAGCUGGGCGAGCCCACCGUCUACUACGCCGGCGACUUCGAGGACUGGACAAGAGUUACCAUCGUCAUCCCAAGAUCGCUCGCGGCCAGCAAGACCAGAUUCCGGUGGAUCCAGGAGAGCAGCUCCCACAAGAACGUGCCUCCUUUCGGCUUAGACGGCGUUUACAUUUCUGAGCCCUGCCCCAGUUACUGCAAUGGUCACGGGGACUGUGUCUCAGGAGUCUGUUUUUGUGACUUGGGCUAUACAGCAUCACAUGGAACCUGUGUGUCUAGCGUACCUAAUCACAGUGAGAUGUUCGACAGGUUUGAGAGGAAGCUAAGCCCUCUCUGGUACAAGAUAACAGGAGGUCAGGUUGGAACAGGCUGUGGAGUGCUCAGUGAUGGAAAAUCUCUGUACUUCAAUGGACCAGGCAAAAGGGAAGCAAGGACCGUUCCACUGGACACCACAAAUAUCAGGCUAGUUCAGUUUUAUGUACAGAUUGGAAGCAAGACUAUUGGGAAUGCCUGCAACAAACCCAGAGCCAGGAACGAAGGGCUUGUCAUUCAGUACACAACUGAUAACGGGAUCACCUGGCAUUUGCUGCGGGAGCUGGAUUUCAUGUCCUACCUGGAACCCCAGAUUGUUUCAAUAGACUUACCUCGGGAGGCCAAAACCCCCGCAACUGCCUUCAGGUGGUGGCAACCCCAGCAUGGGAAGCAUUCAGCCCAGUGGGCUUUGGAUGAUGUCCUUAUAGGAAUGAAUGACAGUUCUCAGACUGGUUUCCAGGAGAAAUUUGAUGGAACUGUGGAUUUACAAGCAAGCUGGUACAGAAUACAAGGAGGUCAAGUAGACAUCGACUGCCUGUCUAUGGAUACUGCUCUGAUGUUCAGUGAAAACACUGGAAAACCUCGUUAUGCUGAGACUUGGGAUUUCCAUGUAUCAGCUUCCACUUUUUUGCAAUUUGAGCUGAGCAUGGGUUGCAGCAAGCCAUUCAGCAAUUCCCAUAGCAUCCACCUGCAGUAUUCUUUAAAUAAUGGAAGAGACUGGCACUUGGUGACAGAGGAGUGUGUCCCACCAACCAUCGGCUGUCAGCACUACACUGAGAGCUCAACCUACACUUCAGAAAGGUUCCAAAACUGGAAGAGAAUUACGGUCUACCUUCCACCCGCAACUAACUCUCCCAGAACUCGGUUCAGAUGGAUUCAAUACAACUAUGCUCCCGGCGUUGAUUCUUGGGCUAUUGAUAAUGUUGUCCUGGCUACUGGAUGCCCCUGGAUGUGCUCAGGCCACGGCAGCUGUGAUGCAGGUCACUGUGUGUGUGACAGAGGUUUUGGCGGUCCGUACUGCGUCCCUGUCGUUCCUCUCCCUUCUGUCCUGAAGGAUGACUUCAAUGGUAACUUGCAUCCAGACCUUUGGCCUGAGGUCUACGGCGCCGAGAGGGGAAACCUGAACGGUGAUACCAUCAAGUCUGGAACAGCUCUCAUCUUUAAAGGGGAAGGACUGAGAAUGCUUGUCUCGAGAGAUCUGGACUGCACUAAUACCAUGUACAUCCAGUUUUCGUUUAAGUUUAUAGCCAAAGGUACCCCGGAGAGGUCUCACUCCAUUCUGCUGCAAUAUUCCAUCAGUGGUGGCAUCACUUGGCACCUAAUAGAUGAGUUUUACUUCACACAGACUACGGAUGUUCUCUUUAUUAAUGUUCCACUGCCGCACACAGCCCAAGCCAACGCGACACGUUUCAGGCUCUGGCAACCUUACAACAACGGCAAAAAAGAAGAAAUCUGGAUUAUUGAUGACUUCAUAAUUGAUGGAAAUAACCUAAAGAAUCCCAUGAUCCUUUUGGAUACGUUUGACUUUGGUCCCAAAGAGGAUAAUUGGUUUUUCUAUCCUGGUGGAAACAUUGGGCUUUACUGCCCGUAUUCGUCUAAGGGAGCACCGGAGGAAGAUUCUGCUAUGGUAUUUGUUUCAAAUGAAGUUGGAGAACAUUCCAUUACAACACGGGACCUGAGUGUAAAUGAGAACACCAUAAUCCAGUUUGAGAUCAAUAUUGGAUGCACCACCGAUAGCUCCUCCACCGACCCAAUAAAACUGGAGUUCUCACGAGAUCUGGGGGCAACCUGGCACCAACUUCUCCCAUUGUGCUACAGUAGCAGCAGCCACCUCAGCUCCUUAUGCUCCACUGAACAUCACCCAAGUAGCACUUACUACGCAGGCACUACCCAAGGCUGGAGGAGGGAGGUCAUUCACUUUGGAAAACUGCAUCUGUGUGGGUUGGCAAGGUUCAGAUGGUACCAAGGGUUUUAUCCUGCUGGAUCCCAGCCAGUGACCUGGGCCAUUGACAACGUGUACAUCGGUCCCCAGUGCGAGGAGAUGUGCAAUGGCCAUGGCAGUUGUAUCAAUGGGACAAAGUGCAUCUGUGACCCUGGAUAUUCUGGGCCAACCUGCAAAAUAAGCACAAAGAAUUCUGACUUUCUUAAGGAUGAUUUUGAAGGUCAGCUAGAGUCAGACAGAUUCCUGCUUGUGAGUGGGGGAAAGCCAUCAAGGAAGUGUGGUAUCCUUUCUGGAGGAAACAACCUUUUCUUUAACGAAGAAGGCUUACGUAUGCUGAUGACUCGAGAUCUAGACUUGUCACAAGCAAGAUUUGUGCAGUUCUUCAUGAGACUGGGAUGCGGAAAGGGGGUCCCAGACCCUAGAAGCCAACCGGUGCUUUUACAGUACUCACUCAACGGUGGCCUCACCUGGAGCCUUCUUCAGGAGUUCCUCUUCAGCAACUCGAGCAACGUGGGCCGAUACAUUGCCCUAGAAAUUCCCCUGAAGGCUCGUUCCGGCUCCACUCGACUUCGCUGGUGGCAGCCAUCUGAGAACGGGCAUUUCUACAGUCCAUGGGUAAUCGAUCAGAUUCUUAUUGGAGGAAACAUCUCUGGUAAUACAGUAUUAGAAGAUGAUUUCACUACACUGGAUAGUAGAAAGUGGCUGCUCCAUCCUGGUGGGACAAAGAUGCCCGUCUGUGGGUCUACCGGGGAUGCUUUAGUAUUCAUCGAGAAAGCUAGCACCCGCUACGUUGUCACCACUGACAUCGUUGUCAAUGAAGACUCUUUCUUGCAAAUAGAUUUUGCAGCAUCCUGCUCUGUCACAGAGUCCUGUUAUGCUAUUGAACUGGAAUAUUCAGUGGAUCUUGGACUGACCUGGCACCCGAUUUUGAGAGACUGUCUUCCCACUAACGUAGAGUGCAGCAGGAACCAUCUCCAGAGGAUUCUGGUGUCAGACACUUUCAACAAAUGGACCAGGAUUACUUUGCCUCUACCACCCUAUACUAGGUCUCAAGCAACUCGUUUCCGCUGGCACCAGCCUGCUCCUUUCGAUAAGCAGCAAACAUGGGCAAUUGAUAACGUCUACAUCGGGGACGGCUGUAUAGACAUGUGCAGCGGCCAUGGCAAGUGCACGCAAGGCAACUGUGUGUGCGAUGAGCACUGGGGUGGGAUUUACUGCGACGAGCCAGAGACACCCCUUCCAACCCAGCUGAAAGAUAACUUCAACCGGUCGCCAUCUAACCAGAACUGGCUGACGGUGAACGGCGGGAAGCUGAGCACGGUCUGCGGAGCAGUGGCCUCCGGGAUGGCUCUUCACUUCAGUGGGGGCUGCAGCCGUCUGUUAGUUACAGUGGAUUUGAACCUCACUACUGCAGAAUUCAUCCAGUUUUAUUUCAUGUAUGGAUGUCUGAUAACGCCCAAUAACCGGAACCAAGGUGUCCUGCUGGAGUACUCUGUGAAUGGUGGAAUCACCUGGAACCUCUUAAUGGAAAUUUUCUAUGAUCAGUUCAGCAAGCCUGGCUUUGUGAACAUCCUCCUUCCCUACGACGCCAAGACGGUGGGGACCCGCUUCCGCUGGUGGCAGCCCAAGCACGACGGUCUGGACCAGAACGACUGGGCUAUCGACAACGUGCUGAUCUCGGGCUCGGCCGAUCAGAGGACUGUGAUGCUCGACACCUUCAGCAGCGCCCCGCUACCGCAGCACGAGCGCUCGCCCGCCGAUGCAGGGCCCACCGGGAGGAUCGCCUUUGACAUGUUUAUGGAAGACAAAACUACAGUGAAUGAACACUGGUUAUUCCACGAUGAUUGCUCAAUUGAGAGAUUUUGUGAUUCUCCUGAUGGUGUCAUGAUCUGUGGGAGCCACGAUGGCAGAGAGGUUUAUGCAGUCACUCAUGACCUGACUCCUACAGAUGGCUGGAUUAUGCAGUUCAAGAUUUCUGUUGGAUGUAAAACGUCAGAAAAACUUGCACAAAAUCAGGUCCAUGUGCAGUAUUCCACUGAUUUUGGUGUUAGCUGGAGUUAUUUAGUACCUCAGUGUUUACCAGCUGAUCCAAAAUGUUCUGGGAGUGUUUCACAGCCAUCUGUCUUCUUCCCCACAAAAGGAUGGAAAAGAGUAACUUACUCGCUGCCUGAAAACCUUGUGGGCAACCCUGUGAGGUUUCGGUUCUACCAGAAAUACUCAGAUAUGCAGUGGGCCAUCGAUAAUUUCUAUCUGGGCCCUGGUUGUUUAGAAAACUGUAGAGGUCAUGGAGACUGCCUGAAAGAGCAAUGCAUCUGUGAUCCUGGGUAUUCGGGUCCAAACUGCUACCUGACCCAAACACUGAAGACUUUCCUGAAAGAGCGCUUUGACAAUGAAGAAAUUAAACCAGAUUUAUGGAUGUCCUUAGAAGGUGGAAGUACCUGUACUGAGUGUGGGAUUCUAGCAGAAGACACAGCCUUGUAUUUUGGAGGUGCAACUGUGAGGGAGGCUGUCACUCAAGAUCUGGACCUGCGGGGUGCAAAAUUUCUACAGUAUUGGGGGAGAAUUGGGAGUGAAAACAACAUGACAACAUGUCACAGACCAACUUGCAGAAAGGAGGGAGUGCUGCUAGAUUAUUCAGUUGAUGGAGGAAUAUCUUGGACUUUGCUUCAUGAGAUGGAUUACCAAAAAUACAUUUCAGUCAGGCAUGAUUACAUCCUCCUCCCCGAAGACGCUCUGACCAAUACAACCCGCCUACGCUGGUGGCAGCCCUUUACCAUUAGCAAUGGCAUCGUGGUUUCCGGCCCCGACCGUGCGCAGUGGGCACUGGACAACGUUCUGAUCGGAGGAGCAGAGAUCAACCCCAGCCAGCUGGUAGAUACAUUUGAUGAUGAAGGCACCUCUCAUGAAGAAAAUUGGAGUUUUUACCCUAAUGCAGUCAGGACUGCAGGUUUCUGUGGAAAUCCAUCAUUUCAUCUCUACUGGCCAAAUAAGAAAAAAGAUAAAACACACAACAUCCUGUCCUCCAGGGAGCUAAUUAUACAACCAGGAUACAUGAUGCAGUUUAAAAUUGUGGUUGGCUGUGAGGCAACUUCAUGUGGUGACCUCCAUUCUGUGAUGCUGGAGUACACUAAAGACGCCAGGACAGAUUCAUGGCAGCUCGUCCAGACACACUGUCUUCCUUCCUCAUCUAAUAGCAUUGGCUGCUCCCCAUUUCAGUUCCACGAAGCUACCAUCUAUAACUCUGUCAAUAGCUCUAUGUGGAAAAGAAUAACGAUCCAGCUGCCUGAUCAUGUCUCAUCCAGUGCAACCCAGUUCAGGUGGAUUCAGAAAGGAGAAGAACUAGAGCAGCAAAGCUGGGCAAUUGACCACGUGUACAUCGGGGAAGCGUGCCCGAAGCUCUGCAGUGGUCACGGAUAUUGCACAACAGGAGCUGUUUGCAUUUGUGAUGAAGGCUACCAAGGUGACGACUGCUCUGUUUUUAGCCAUGAUCUCCCCAGUUAUAUUAAAGAUAAUUUUGAAUCUGAAAGAGUCACUGAAAUAAACUGGGAAACCAUUCAAGGGGGAGUGAUAGGGAAUGGAUGUGGACAGCUGGCACCCUAUGCCCAUGGAGACUCGCUGUAUUUUAAUGGUUGUCAAAUACGGCAAGCUGUGACUAAGCCUCUGGAUCUCACUCGAGCAAGCAAAAUCAUGUUUGUUUUGCAAAUUGGAAGUAUUUCACAAACAGACAGUUGCAAUACCAACCUGAGUGAUCCUAACACUGUAGACAAGGCAGUGCUCCUCCAGUACAGUGUAAAUAAUGGAAUUACAUGGCAAGUAAUUGCACAGCAUCAGCCAAAGGACUUUAUACAAGCCCAAAGAGUGUCUUAUAAUGUUCCCCUGGAGGCACGAGUGAAAGGAGUCUUACUGCGCUGGUGGCAGCCCCGGCACAGCGGAACAGGUCAUGAUCAGUGGGCUUUGGACCACGUAGAAGUCGUCCUCACUCGCAAACAAAAUUACAUGAUGAAUUUUUCACGGCAACAUGGGCUCAGGCAUUUCUACAACAGAAGACGAAGGUCACUUAGACGAUAUCCAUGAAGAAACUAGAAAUUUAUUUUUUCUUCCCAACAUGUGAUGUGUUGCUUUCCAUUCUUUAAAUCUAGCACUGCAUUUGGUAUCAGGACUUUUCUGCAACUGGCUUGAUGAAUAACUGAAAGCCUUUCUCAAGACAGAGUGUACACUACUUUUUUCGCACUGUGAACUAAUGAGAAGUGACUUAUUUUCUCAUAGGUAAAUGUUUUAAUGUUGAUGUGUCUGUGAAAAUUGUGAUCUGUUGUAAUAUCAGUUACAGUGGCAGUAUUGGAAGUAAGCAACUAAUUCUUUUUAACAAGAAAAGAAGUUUAAGCACAAAGACUUUUCAGACUUUAUGUUUAAAAAACCUACAUACUAAGUACAGAAUUUAACAUUAUUUGUCACAUAGAUAUUUAAGUGCACUGUAUUUCAGCUCUGUGUCAUUUUAUAUGAUUAAGUUAUCGUUGUUUGUCCUCUUUGUAUUCUCUUCUACAACAUGACACAUUGGCACUGUAUUUACUUGUUUUAUUGUUGUAAUAUUUUGCUGCUGAUUUUUGGGCUAUUUACCUUCUGACAAUGUGUAUUAAAUCAAAGUACCUAAUCAAGAAGAUAAUUGCAAAAGUAGUUGUAAAGACAUAUCCUUCAGUCUUAUUCUUUGAUAUGUCUGUUGGUUAGCAUUGUUUUGUGGACAAAAAGAAUGCUUGACAUUAAACUUUUUUCUACUAAGCAGUUGUGGAUGAAGCCCCAAACAGAAGUUCCCAUUUCCUUGUCUAAAUGUAGUCAGUUCUCUGCAACUGAUUUACUUACAGUAACUGCCAUUUGGUGUCUGUAGUAAUGAAGUGAUUUGUAAACAGUGAAUGUUUCAUUGUGUUCUCUUAGGUGUUUGUUUCUAUCGCGGGUCAUGUUUGUAUCUUCUGAUAAAGUUGUAUCUACACCAGCAACGUUAUAAUGCCCCUAUAGCCCUAACCUGUCUAUUAUCAUAAAUGAAAUGCUUCACUUUAUGGUGAACCAAGCUAAAGAUCCAUGCUUCAAUAAAGAUAAUGUCAAGAAACAA